AAGUGGCGGUUGUUUCAGUAUGGCGUCUGUUGCUGAGGGCGCAAAUGGCAACGAGUUUUACUGGAUUAAUGAUAAAUCAGAUGAGGAACCACCUGUGGAUCCUUUUAGAGGUAUGAGCAGGAACAUUGCUCUGAAGUUUGGUUCAGCAAGUAAUGUAGAGGGAAAGAUAAGAAAGAGACCUAGCAGCAUGGAGAAAAGUGGAAAGAAACCAGGAUUGCAUUUGACAAUGCAAAGUGCUGAAAUGGCAGUUCAGAAGUUGCCUUCUACUGAAGCCAAAUCCAAAACCACCACAUCUGCGUCAGAACCAGACCUGCCUUUAGCUACUUCAGCUCAGCCUCUCUCCAGUGCUGCCCAAGCCAAAAGUAAGCCAUCACUGAAGGAUCUCUGCCCAGAGGACAAGCGUCGCAUUGCCAAUCUCAUCCAAGAGCUGGCGAGAGUGAGUGAAGAAAAGGAGGAAUCUGUACAGAAGCUCAAGGAUGAACAGGAAACCUUUGAGAAAAGAAUCCAACAGCUAGAGCAGCAAAACCAACUCAUUAUAGAAGAGAGAGGAAGCCUGCAGCAGCAGUACCGAGAGUGUCAGGAGCUGCUGGGACUCUAUCAGCAGUACCUCUCCCAACAGCAAGAGAAACUCAACAAGUCUAUCACCCUGCUCAAUCAGUCCUGCUCCCACAGCAAGGUUCCCAGCAGCGAAGGGGGACCCAGGAGGUCUUGUGACGGGAGAGGAACUGCUUUAGAUGGAUCUUACUUGGAGCUUCGUUCAUUAGGGAGUAGAACUGAGAGAGGCGGGUCAGUGGAGUGCACUCAUUCAUUUUCAACUGGACCUUUAAGUGCACAUUCCAGCAUUAAGCAGAACUGCGAAGUCCAUGACAGGUGCACCAGUCACGAUUGUGAAAGUGCAUGUUGUGAUCCAAGUUUCUCCAACAGGGAGCCUUCAGCCUGCGAUGGCCUGAAACUGCGUGGUGCUUCUACACUCAAGUGCUCUCAUCAGUGCCACUGCCACAAAAUGGAAAAUGGUGGCAUGCACAAAGCUAAUCAGAGCAGAGUAGUGCCACCGUCUGGUCAGGAGAACUGGGAGGAGAAACGACGAUGUCUACUUAUGCAGAAGAAACAGUUGGAAAUGGAGAGGGAAAGAAUUCAAGCUCGGUUGGCCCAACAAGAAGAGAAACUUUUACACCAGAACCAGCAGCUGCACCAGUCUUACCUUCAGUACAGCAAGCUUCAGCAAGCAACCACAACAGACUUUGAGAAAGGCCUAAAUGGAGACAGCAGUUUUAAUAAGGGUCCACAGUCCAGUUUUGUAAUGGAUCAGGUAACACACAGCAAUGAAAUAAAAGAUGGAGAAUCACACACUUUGCAGGAAAGUGUUCCACAACCUUUAAGUAACAUACAGGAACAUACAUCAGGUAUUGAGCAACCUGCACCAAAGCUUUCAAAAGAGAUCUCCAUUACCAAGAAAGAUAUGGCCACCUCUCCUGUGGUUCCACAAAGCUUCCACACAUCUGCUCAUCCCAAAAUUCCUGUUGGCCUUCCUAGCACUCCACAGGCUUCCCGGUUGGACGACUCUUUGAUUGAGCUCCUGGACAUUUUUAGCCCUGUAUCCAAUCCAGAGACGUACCGAAUCAAACCCUCAUCCCGAAAUGCUUUCAUCGCCCCUCCAUCCUCUAACAAGACCCUUCGUUCUCCGUUUGGGCCCAGUCGAUCUGCUCUGCAAGACUUGGAGGAAAGUGAGAUUUUAGAAGACAUUUUUUUCAUCUGUUGAAGGGUUAGAAUGAACGGACGCUCAGGUUGGAAAACAAGAACUCACUAUUAACCAUUAUUGUGCUCUUAAUUCUGCCUUUUUAGUGACUUGAAAAAAAAAUGAUGGUCUUAAUUUUUUUUAUUUUUUUUCCUCAUGACGUUGCUGUAUUCCAGGUUUAUUUUUGCCUUAAUAAAAAUGUGUUUAUUAAUAA